ACAAAGAGAAGAAGAAAAUCGCACAUGCGCAGUCCCGUGUUACUGAAGAUGGCUGCGCCCAUAGACCUGGAGCUUAAGAAGGCCUUCUCAGAGCUGCAGGUGAAAAUGAUCGACACGCAGCAGAAGGUGAAGCUGGCCGACCUGCAGAUUGAUCAGCUGACCCGUGUUCAGAAACAUGCCAAGUUAACUCAUGCUGAGAUCACAACGCUACCCGACAAAACGCGACUCUACGAGGGUGUCGGACGCAUGUUCAUUCUUCAGUCCAAGGAGGAGAUCAAUAUUCAGCUGAUGGACAAACACAAAACAGCUGAUGAGAAAAUCAAAGAGCUAGAGCAGAAGAAGCUGUACCUUGAACGCAGCGUGAAAGAUGCUGAAGACAACAUUCGAGAGAUGCUGCUGUCCAGAAGAGCUCACUGAUCAGUACUUGUAUAUAAUCAAUAAUGACACGUUGACGUCACUGUUUGUACACUGUGUAUUAAAGUGAUGAAGUGGCA